AUGAAUUCCAGCCUGGGACAUCUGGUUGCUACAGAAAACUAUUAUAAGUAUAACAAUACCAAUGACUCAUAUGAGAAUGCAGGAGAGAUCACUCCUUUUAUUUUAGGAUGGAUUGCGUGGAUGGGUAUUACUUUCCUUACCUGUUGUAUUGGGUUAGUUGGCAAUGGCUACAUCAUCUGGCUACUUGGCUUCCAGAUUAAGAGAAACUGUUUCACCACAUUCAUCCUUAACUUGGCCGUUGCAGACUUUGGAUUCCUCACAUCUGUAGUUAUAAAUGAUAUCCAACUAAUGACUAAUUUUCUAGGAAGCACAUUUCUCUCCCAUUUCUGUGCCUUUUUCUCCUACAUGAUGUUUAUGAACUCUCAUUUUCUUCUGGCGGCCAUCAGCAUCGACCGGUGUAUCGUUGUCCUCUUCCCAAUCUGGCAUCACUGUUCCCGGCCAAAACAUUUGUCCACCGUGGUGUGUAUCUUCCUGUGGGUCUCCUCUUUCCUCCUGAAUGGAAGUAUUAUGGUAUUCAUAGUUGUCUUUGGAUAUUACAAUCUGUUUGGUCUCCAUUUCUUUCUGACAGCUAUAGUUUGCAUUCCGUCUAUCACACUCACUACUGUGGUUCUUUUCAUCAAAGUGUGUUUUAAACCUAAACAGCAACAUAAGGGUCAGCUUUUACUGAUGGUUUUAAUUACUCUUCUCUGUUUCCUCAUCCUUGCUUUUCCAUUAAAUGCCUUUGUGUUGAUUGUUAAUUUUUCAAAUGUUCAAAUUAGCCCUUUCCUGCUGCAUUGGGAAACAGGUAUUAUAAUAUGCGCCUGCCUAAACAGCAGUAUUAACCCAGUGAUCUAUUUUCUAGUUGGGAGGAAGAAAGGAGCUCAGUCCAAGGAGAGCAUGAAGACCCUUUUGCAAAAUACCUUCAAUGAAAGUGAAGCCACUGGAGGGAGAUAG